GGGCCCGCCCGGCGCCGGCACCCAGCGCCCAGCGCCCGCGGCUCCCGGGAGCGCUCCGCCAUGGCCGCCACUCACAUGGCUGACGUGAGCUGGAAGAUGCUGGAGCUGCGCGCUCGCUCCAAACGCUCAGGUUCAAUUUAUGAGCCACUUAAAUGUAUUAACCUUCCAAAGCCAGAGGGGGAAACUCUGUGGGAUAAAUUAAAUCAUUACUAUAGAAUUGUUAAAUCGACGUUGCUGCUCCAUCAAAGCCCAACCACAGGUCUGUUCCCUACCAAGACUUUUGGGAAUGACCAAAAGGCAAAAGUCCAUGACAGCCUUUACUGUGCUGCCUGUGCCUGGGCAUUGGCCCUUGCUUACAGGCGCAUUGAUGAUGACAAGGGAAGGACCCAUGAGCUGGAGCAUUCUGCCAUAAAGUGCAUGAGAGGAAUUCUCUAUUGCUACAUGCGCCAGGCCGAUAAGGUUCAGAAAUUUAAACAAGACCCCAAACCAUCUGCGUGUCUGCAUUCUGUGUUCAAUGCACACACUGGAGAUGAGGUCUUCUCCCAUGAGGAGUAUGGUCACCUUCAGAUCAAUGCUGUGUCAUUAUUUCUCCUAUAUUUGGUUGAGAUGAUCUCUUCAGGGCUGCAGAUUAUCUACAACACGGAUGAGGUGUCCUUUAUCCAGAACCUUGUGUUUUGUGUGGAGAGAGCCUAUCGUGUACCAGAUUUCGGUGUCUGGGAAAGAGGCAGCAAAUACAACAAUGGCAGUCCAGAGCUGCACUCAAGCUCCGUGGGACUGGCAAAAGCGGCUUUAGAAGCAAUUAAUGGUUUCAAUCUCUUUGGAAAUCAGGGCUGCUCCUGGUCUGUCAUAUUUGUGGAUUUUGAUGCCCAUAACCGGAACAGACAGACCCUGUGCUCGUUGCUGCCCCGGGAGUCGAGGUCUCAUAAUACUGAUGCAGCUCUUCUGCCCUGCCUUAGUUAUCCUGGGUUUGCUUUGGAUGAUGAGGUUCUGUUUGGUCAGACACUAGAUAAAAUUAUUAGAAAGUUGAAAGGCAAAUACGGGUUUAAGAGGUUCCUGAGGGACGGGUACAGAACGGCGCUGGAGGACAGAACGCGGCGUUAUUAUAAACCGGCAGAAAUCAAGCUUUUUGAUGGCAUUGAGUGUGAAUUCCCUCUGUUUUUUAUUUUUAUGAUAAUUGAUGGCAUUUUUAGAGGAAAUCCUACACAAGUAAAGGAAUAUCAGGAUCUUCUGGACCCUUUGCUUCAACACACACCUGAAGGGUGCCCUGUUGUCCCCAAGUAUUACUACGUGCCCGCUGACUUUGUGGAGCUGGAGAAGAGGAGCCCGGGCAGCCAGAGGCGGUUCCCCAGUAACAACGGGCGGGACGGGAAGCUCUUCCUGUGGGGCCAGGCCGUGUACAUCAUUGCCAAGCUGCUGGCUGAUAAAUUAGUGAGCCCUAAAGAUCUGGACCCCAUCGGCCGGUACGUAGCCCCCCAGGACCAGCGGAACGUCAGCAUGCGGUUUUCAAAUCAGGGUCCUUUAGAAAAUGAUUUGGUGGUACACGUGGCCCUGAUAGCAGAAAGCCAGCGCCUACAAGUUUUUCUGAACACAUAUGGAAUCCAAACUCAGACCCCCCAGCAGGUGGAACCAAUUCAGAUAUGGGCUCAGAAAGAACUUGUCAAAGCUUACUUCCAUUUGGGAGUCAAUGAGAAAUUGGGAUUAUCUGGAAGACCGGACAGACCCAUAGGAUGCCUUGGAACAUCAAAGAUUUAUCGAAUACUAGGGAAGACUGUAGUUUGCUACUCGAUCAUUUUUGAUCUCAGUGAUUUCUACAUGUCUCAGGAUGUUAUGAUGUUGAUUGAUGACAUUAAGAACGCCCUGCAGUUCAUCAAGCAGUACUGGAAGAUGCACGGCCGGCCCCUGUUCGUGGUCCUGAUCCGGGAGGACAACAUCAGAGGGAGCAGGUUCAGUCCCAUAUUAGAUAUGCUGGCAGCCUUUCGGAAGGGCGUUGUUGGAGGAGUGAAGGUUCACGUUGACAGAGUGCAGACAUUAAUAUCUGGAGCAGUUGUUGAACAACUUGACUUCCUGAGCAUCACUGAAACAGAAGAGGCUCCUGUAUUUAAGAGUUUGGAGGAGCUGGAUCUUCCAAAACAUUCAAAAGUCAAGAGACAAUCUAGUACUCCCAAUGCUUCUGAACUUGAGCAGCAACCAGAUGUAAAUAUUAAUGACUGGAAAAACAAGUCAACAUACGAGAUCCUGCAGAAACUUAAUGACUGCAAUUGCCUGGCAAGUCAAGUGUUGCUCUCAAGUAUAUUGCUUAAAAGGGAAGGGCCGAAUUUUAUCACCAAGGAAGGGACUGUUGCUGAGCACAUUGAAAGAAUCUACAGACGAGCUGGCAGCAGAAAGCUCUGGUCUGUUGUGCGCUUCGCAGCAAGUCUUUUAGGUAAACUAGUGGACAGCCUUGCACCAUCUAUUACUAAUGUUUUAGUUCAGGGCAAGCAGGUGACAUUGGGAGCUUUUGGCCAAGAGGAAGCAGUUAUUUCUAACCCCUUAUCACCAGCAGUGAUUAAGGACAUGAUCUAUGAAAAAUGCCAGUUACAAGAUGAAAGAGAGGCUGUGGUGCAGCAGGAACUUGUCAUCCACAUUGGCUGGAUCAUCUCCAAUUCCCCAGAACUGUUCAGUGGGAUGCUGAAGAUACGGAUUGGAUGGAUCAUCCAUGCUAUGAAGUAUGAACUGAAAAUCCGUGCUGGGGAUCUGCCAGCCAAGGACUUGUACCAGAUGUCCCCCAGUGAGGUGAAGCAGCUCCUGCUGGAUAUUCUGCAGCCUCAGCAGCCGGGCAGGAGCUGGCUGAACAGGAGGCAGCUGGAUGGCUCCCUGAACAGAACUCCUGCGGGUUUCUACGACCGCGUGUGGCAGAUCCUGGAGAGAACCCCCAACGGCUUGAUCGUGGCAGGGAGAUUCCUGCCCCAGCAACCAACCUUAUCGGAUAUGACGAUGUAUGAAAUGAAUUUUUCCCUCCUAGUUGAAGAUAUGCUGCAAAACAUCGACCAGCCACAAUACCGGCAGAUCAUCGUGGAGUUGCUGAUGGUUAUAUCUGUUAUUUUGGAGAGAAAUCCUGAGCUAGAGUUCCAGGACAAAGUGGACUUGGACAAGGUGGUACAAGAAGCAUUUCAUGACUUUCAGAAAGAUCACAGCAGUCCGAAGGGAGCUGAAAAUCAAAGCGACAUGACUGCAUUCUACAACACCCACCCACUUGGAAAAAAGGGAACGUGCAGCUACUUGAGCAAGGCUGUGAUCACUUUGCUGCUGGAAGGGGAAAUGAAACCAAGCAACGAUGAUCCCUGCACCGUUAGCUAAAGCUUGGCACACAGCACGGGAAUUGUCGCUUUACUUAGUGUUCAGUGUAUUUUUCAAGCCUAUUUUAAGGGACUGGUUUGAAGGGUAACGCUGGCUAGUGACACAAAUGCAUCCUAUCCUUUGCUGAAAGAAGUGCCAUUAAAGAUACCAAGUGCCACCAGAUUUUUUCCUUUCUCAACUAUGCAGCAUGAAACUGAGCACAUGAAGUUAGUCCUAUGGUAUUUGAUUAAGUUGAAUGGGAAUGUAUGAUCUUAAAAUAUGCGUUUACUGUAGCUGGUAAAUUCAAGGGAACGGCAGUGUGAGAUUUUGUCUUUGUACCUCUAUUUAUUUAUAAUUGCAAACAAGUAGAAGAUAAAUUAAUAUGCAUACCAAUCAGUGUGGAAAUACAAAAAAUGGAUUAUUUUCUUAUUAUUCUACAGAUUGGCAGUGAAGUAUUUGUUAUUCUCUUAAGGUUUUCUUUAUCAGUUCAAGUGACAGCAUUCAUUUUAUUGUGUUGGGUUUUUUUAAUUUACAGGUUGGUAACUUGAUAUCCAGGUUUCAUCCUAAUAGAGCAGCUUUUUAUCUCUAGCAAUACACAUCACUGUAUUUUCCCAGUUGUUAUUUAAACAUCUGUAAGUUAACAAGGGAUCUGUAUGGUAACACAAUAAAAGUUUGUUUAUAAGAAAAGGCAAACAGGCUGUAUUUAAAUUAAAAUCAAUGAAGAAAUAACUUUGUAUUACAUACAUUAUCAUGGUAUUAAAGAAUUCGAGAUACACUUACUUACCUCCUAAAUGUGUGAAAACACUGUAUGCUAUAUGCUUUAUUUUGAUGAAAAUAAUAAAAAGCAAAUGCUUGUACAA